UCAAUUCUUGGCUUACAGUCAUGUGACCACCUAACCUCUUUUUGUUAUAUUUCUAACGUGUCUUGAACUGAGAAAAAUCAAUUUUAAUGAACAAAGAAAUGAUGAUCAAACUAGUUUAAUUAAAUAUGAAGCGAUUUAUUAAUAUAAUGGUGGUAUUUUCAGUAGAAGUUUUGUUUAAUUAUAAUCGCAAUUAUAAAAACUUGCAAUAUUUUCAUUUUCGAUCUCUUUUAAGGUGGGAAGAAGAAAAGAAGAACGAUGGAACAAAGUGGACUUUUCUAGAACAUAAAGGACCAGUUUUUGCACCUCCGUAUGAACCACUUCCUCCUAAUAUUAAAUUUUAUUAUAACGGUAAAGAGAUGAAAUUAAGCGAAGGUGCAGAAGAAGUCGCAACCUUUUAUGCACGAAUGUUAGAUCAUGAUUAUACGACUAAGGAAGCAUUUAAUACUAAUUUCUUUCAUGAUUGGCGAGAAGUAAUGACAGAAUCUGAAAGAAAUAAAAUUAUUGACUUGAGCAAAUGUAAUUUUAAAGAAAUGCAUGCAUAUUUUGUUCAGAAAAGUGAAGAAAGGAAAGCAAUGUCAAAAGAAGAAAAAAAGAAGAUAAAAGAGCAAAAUGAGGAAAUUCAAAAAGAAUAUGGGUUUUGUGUUAUUGAUGGGCAUAAAGAAAAAAUAGGUAAUUUUAAAAUAGAACCUCCAGGACUUUUUAGAGGUCGAGGCGAACAUCCAAAAAUGGGAAAAUUGAAAAAGAGGGUUUUGCCUGAAGAUGUUCUUAUUAACUGUUCAAAAGAUUCUAAUAUUCCAAAACCCCCAAGUGGACAUAAGUGGAAGGAAAUUAGACACGAUCCUAAUGUAACUUGGUUAGCUUCUUGGACAGAAAAUAUUCAAGGACAAGUUAAGUACGUUAUGCUUAAUCCUUCGAGUAAGUUAAAGGGAGAAAAAGAUUGGCAAAAGUAUGAAACUGCAAGAAAAUUAGCAGCAUCAAUUGAUAAAAUCCGUACUGAGUAUAGAGAAGACUGGAAAAGUAAAGAAAUGCGCAUUAGACAAAGAGCUGUAGCUUUAUAUUUUAUUGAUAAGUUAGCACUUAGAGCUGGCAAUGAGAAAGAUGAAGAUCAAGCAGAUACUGUAGGUUGUUGUUCUUUGCGUGUUGAACAUAUCACAUUGCAUGAACAAAAAGAUGGAAGAGAAUAUGUAGUUGUAUUUGAUUUCUUAGGUAAAGAUUCUAUAAGAUAUUAUAACGAAGUGCCAGUAGAGAAACGUGUCUUCAAAAAUCUGCAACUAUUCAUGGAAAAUAAAUCUCCUAAUGAUGAUUUAUUUGAUCGACUUAAUACUACGGUUAUGAAUAAACAUUUGAAUGAAUUAAUGGAAGGUCUUACAGCUAAGGUAUUUAGGACAUAUAACGCAUCGUGGACAUUGCAACAGCAGUUAGAUAAGCUGACAAAUCCUGAUGACACGGAGGCUGAAAAAAUCUUGGCAUAUAAUAGAGCUAAUAGAGCAGUUGCUAUAUUAUGUAACCAUCAACGUUCUGUGCCAAAAACGCAUGCAAAAUCCAUGGAAAAUUUAAAAGCAAAGAUAGAGGCUAAAAAAGAAGCAAUAACUGAAGCGGAAUUACAAGUAAAAGAUGCAAAACGUGAUGCGAAACACGGCUCAAUUAAAGAAAAAGUUGUCUAUGAAAAGAAGAAGAAAACACUAGAGCGCUUGAAGGAACAAUUGACAAAACUAGAGGUUCAAGCAACAGAUAGAGAAGAAAAUAAAGAGAUUGCAUUAGGAACCUCUAAACUUAAUUAUUUAGAUCCAAGAAUUUCUGUUGCAUGGUGCAAGAAGCAUAAUGUUCCAAUUGAAAAAAUCUAUAAUAAAACUCAAAGGGAUAAGUUUAGAUGGGCGAUAGAUAUGGCUGGACCAGACUAUAUCUUUUAACCCCAUAAAAAAACUGCUUUUAUGUAAUAACAUAUUUUUCGUUAAGAGUAUAUAGUGAAUUUCUGUCUUAUUAGGGAAAUACAAGAAUGAUAUAAUUUUUUGUAUUUACAUGAAUAAACAUAAGAACAGCUGGAUACAUUUUAUAUAGAAUAUUAAAAUUGUAGUAAGGAGACUUGAUAUUCAGUAUAUAUAUAUAUAUAUAUAUAAUUAAUAAUUAUUGAUGGCAUCGAAUCGAUCGCCUGGCAAUCAUGCAUAAAAAUUUUAGCGAUUAUUGUAUAUCUGCGUAUAGCGUUCAAUUAGUCUCGUAAAUUAUCAAGAAAAAAAUGAAUAGUUUGAUAAAUAAAAAAAAAUAAGAUAUAUUAGGCAAUUUCUUAUACGUGUGAGUUAGGACAAAUAUCAAAUUUGUGCGAAGUCUAAAUUUAGAGGAUAUUUCGGACGCUUUUAUAAGAUAAUUUUUUUUUUAACCUCUAAGUUUAGAUUAAUAUUUUAUGUAUGGGCUGCACCACUGUAAAUAGAAUAUUAUCGGAAAUGUUGACAGCCACAAAUUAAUUAAGUGCAUCAAACUUGUGUAAAUUCAACUAUCAAAUAGACAAUUUUUAUUUCUUUUCUUCAUUUAAUGUUUCUGUACAUAUAUUGUCAUUUCAAGUCAUUUACAUUUUUUCAUCAUGAAUUAAAAAAAUAGAUCUUAGUAAAAACAAGCUAAUGUUUUUAGUAUAAAUGAUAUCAUUUUAAAUGCAAUAUUACUCUACAAACUCAAUUUGCAUAUAAUCUCUUAAAAAAACUAUUGAUAUGGCGAUAUAUUUAAAAAAAAUUAUCGCUUUUGCGAUCUAUGUUUUAUAAAAAAAAAGAGCAAAAAGAAAAAAAAAUACCAUGUAGAUUAUUAUAAAUGUGAACAUACUGUAUGCCUGUAUGAUUAAUUUUUGACAUCAUUUGUAUACGUGAUAACAUUAUGCACAAUGGUGACAAUGAUUCUAGAAAAUACAUUGACUGCAAUGCAUGAAAAAAUUAUUUAUACUUCACAGCCCAUUGAUAAAAUUAAGUUUUAAUAUUUAAUUUUGGAAGUGUUAUUUUCACGUGACCUAAUAUAGUUAUGUGACACUUUGUGCAUUUACAUAUACAUAAAUGUAGCAUGCGUGUCAUUCAUAUUUUAAAAAAUUAUAUUGUAAAAUAUCAUGUUUUCAUACUUUAUUUGUGUAUUUUUAAAAUUCCAUAAUUUAAACUUUGUAGAUGUUGAUAUCUAAAUAACAGAUAAUGGGACUCAAGUAAUGAUUAUUGUAAAAGACUAUUCUUUAAUUUUUUUUUGUAUGAAAAGAGCGUCUUAUUUAAACAAUUAAUAUAGAUUAGUUAUUUCAAGAUAUUAUUUCACUUUUAACAAUAAUGCAACGUUAGUUACUUAUAAUUUAUCUAAGCAGCAGAUUACAAUAUAAAAAUUGUAUUAUAUGUGGUAUAAAUGGAACAAUGAAUUUUGAAAAUUCUUAUUUUGAGAAGUAUGGCAAUAUGUCAAUAUAUAUCUUAAAUAUAUAGGAAAUAUUUUCUCAAUUUAAGUAGCUAUGUAUUAGCAAUUCUGACUUUACAGAACUACCAAUUUAUUCGUUAAUAAUUAUGUAUUAAUUCGUCUGUUAAGUCAUACAUAACAGUUUCUCAAAAUACAUGUAUAUUCUAUAGUUACUUCUUGUAUUGUCAUUAAUUACAUAUUUAGGUGGUAAUAAUUUAUGCGUUAUUUCGUAUUUAAUAUCAUCGGGUAUAAGGAUAUUUUUUAACUUAGUAUUAUUAAACAAAAAUAGAGAGAGGGACUGCUUAUGUACACUUCAGACUAAAAUAUUUCUCUAGAUUAAUUUGUGUAUGAAUAUAGAUAAUGUUACAAUACUUAAUCAUAGAUGUUGGAAAAAAAUUGCAAUAUAGGAGAACACUGUCAGGACAAAUGAUAAAAUGCAAUCAAUGUAUAGAUUUCCGAUUCUAUGUACACUAUAAUAUAUAAUAUAAAAUUUUUAACUUUUACAAAACAUAAGAAUAUUAUUGAUGUUCAAAAAACAGUCGAGCCUGCACAUAUUGAAAGUGUAAGACUUGAAUGUAAACCUUUGAACAUUAUCAAUCAUUUCUGUACAAUACUGAACUAAUAAAAAACUACAGUAUUGAAAGAA